UAGCAAUGCCUCGUACAGGAGUUCCUAAUUCCCUACCAACUAAAGAAAUGCAUUUUAAACUGUCAACAGUAUUUCACACUGGACUGUUUUGGGAACAUGGGCCAAUAUGCAGCUGGACAAGCCGUCAAACGUUUUCCAACGUUACUUGGUCGUGUGGAAGAGUCAGAAGAGCAAGCAGUAAGUCCAAAUUAAUGGCCACAUUAGGCCUUACCUGUAGGAAACCUACUGUACUUGUAGAAAGGGUGUUUCAUGAUUAAUUUUACCUGUUUGUGUUUCAGUUGUUUCCAGUGCGUGCCAGUACACCAUUAUAGAGCCAUCAGAUUCAUACAUCUGUUAAAAUACAAGCUUUUAUUAACGUCCACAAUAUAAAAACUAUACUAAUAGAAUGACAAGGUCUCACUUGAAUGCCUUUUUGUGACGUCACCACCAGCAUAUCUCGAGAAGGCAAAACACAAAAUGCAGCCUGUUGCAAGAAAACAGUUUCUCUUUGCAAUGCGUACGUCCAAAUGUCAUGCUGAUUUAGCAGGUAUAAGAUGAGCUCAAAACCAUGAGCAAAAUCAAAAUCAUUCUUCCAAAUGUUUCUGUAUAAUGGCCUUACCUGCAUGAUGAGCGAUGGACUUGUGGCCACGUUAGGCUCCUUGGACUGCAGCUGACGGUGGGAGUAGUUGAUGCCAUCCCACGACGCGCUGACCAUAUUGACCACAUUGGCGUGGACCACGGUGAAGUAGGUGAGGCGCCGCGGGGCGAUGCGCAGCGUGCUCAAGUUGUUGUACAACGCAGACGCGCUGUUCUUAAUCUGGAUGCUCUUCUCUUUGCGAUACAUUGGGAAGGUUACACUGUUUGAUGAAUAAAUGUAUGUAAACCUGUUCAAGAUUUAGGAGAUUUUUAUAACAACGACAUUACAGCUUUACUGCUCGGUACUUAGCAUUAGCUUGGCGGCUAGGUGGCUGCUAGCAUGAAGCCAUCUGUAACUACGCAGUCAAAUUUUCAGAAAUGACACGGAAACUGUUGCUUAUUAAAUGUAAACCGUAACCGGUUAACGGGUCUAUACUUAGUGCUGUGGUCGUCUAUGUGACUAGUACAAAUUGACUUUAGCGAUUAUUUCCCAGCUAAUCUCUUUGGCGUCUACCGCAGCCAUAGAGACAACGCCGCUUGUGCGUGUGACGUCAUAAGAAUGUGUUCUGUUGCUAGGUAACAUGUCUACACACUAGGAGGUGGACACAAAUAGGUAGAUUGUCGUUUGGACAAGAUAUAAAAAAAAACGGUUCUAAAAAAAUCGAGCUAAAAUAGGGUAACCAAACACCGCAAAGAUGUCCCGCUCUGCAGCCAAAGCCCAAGCUGACAAAAGUAAGGCCCCUCCUCGGGUGACCCCGCCACCACCACUUGAGCCGGAGGAGGAAGACAUCAUCCCUGGUUGUCUAACUCAGAGCCAGUGGAUGGACAUGUUGAUCCAAGAGGAAGCAGAAGAUGUCGUGGGGGAGAUAAUGGCUGAGUUGAUGACCGCGGUCAUGGAAGGCUGUUACAAUGUACACAUUGAAAGACAGCUAACAUCUUUCACUGCAUACUGGGCCAAAUCUUACUUCAUACAAAUUUUGGAGCACCAUCUUAUGUGCCGAGAUAAAGGGGAAGAUGCAGUGGAAUCAGUUGGAACAGAAGACUCUGAACCAAGGCCGAUCACUCCAGAUGUCUGGUCUGAAGGAUGUUUUCCAGUUAUACAUGGAGCUGCUCAAUCUCAGGCCAUAGGACGAAAGGUCACCCAAAAAGAUAAUAUUUGCCAAGCCCGUGGACGACCCUUUCCUGGAGCCAACAAGCAAAAUGAUCCUAUGCCACAAAAAAGCGCCUCCCCAAGGCCAUCUGAAAGCAAAAUAAGUCCCAGCAGGUCUGAUGUUGAAAACAUAUGUAAAGAACCACGUCCUCUCCCCAAACAAACCAUUAAUUCCAAGAAAAAAAUAAACGCUUCUUGGUCCCCGAAGCUUGCCCCAAGAACUGUUCUACCACCUAUGUCUUGUUCAGCAGAAAAAAUGGAAACCAAGAGUGAAAAUAAACUCCCUUCUGUUUCUAAACAUACAGCCAGAUCAUCACAUCAACAAAAAGAAAGUAAAUCCAUACGGAAGCCUGAUCAUACUUCCUUGCCUAAUUACUGGAUCACUCCUCAGUAUGAGAUCUUAAAUAACAGCACAAAAGCUGGUAAAAAAAGGGGGCUCCCUAAACCACCGCCAGUACAUAACAAGCUGCAGACUAACACAAAUGGAACUUUGUGGAAUCCUGCUAACAGGAGUCAACCAGCAAGACCUGAAGAUAAGAUAGAUGUUCAGCAGAAAAGGUUGUCUACCAUAAAAGAUGAGGAGACGAUAGCUAGAGCACUGAGGUUGGACACCAUGCAUUUGGAAAAAGGUGUUUCUGUCAUGGAUCAUCACAAAACAGAAGUGGGCCCAGAACAUUUUAAAUCACAAGCUCAGUCUGCCAAACUGUGUCCGAUACAAAGUGAUGCUGUAACGUCUCUAUUUUCUGUGGACCAGUUGACAGCAGGACAUCCACCUCAGGUCACACCACUGUUGUGGUCUAAGAAAUUUGACUUGUGAUAAAAACAAUAGAGACACAAAAGUGUAUAUUUUGCAGCUCCUACAGCCACAAAAUACUGUAUCAUCGACUAAGCUUAUGAGUACACAUGUUUUAAACUGACUCCAUGCAUUAAAGAUGUAAUUUAGAUCUUGAAUAAACUGAAAUC